ACAUAUUUUGUGCUUUGUUUUUGCAGAGUACGGCUUUAGCUGCAUUGAUCCUAAGAAGUUGGGCAUUUCUUUGGAUUUGAAGACUAUUCACGACCCGGCUCCCGAGUACAAGUUCGGAAAAGAUAACCCUCGUAAUCCUCGCCUGAAGGAUUACGUGUUGUCUCCUUCGGGGGUUGCUCGGAUAUCCGAAGUUCGAGCUGAUCCGUGGGAUUCCGCCUCCUCUGUUGAAGCUGUUCCUGUGAAGGUUGUGCUUCCUGUGUUGAAGACAACUUCGGACCCGGAUCAACGCAAAAGGAAGGGUAGCACUCUUUUGAGGCCUUCCACGCAUCCGAAGAAAGCAAAGGCUUCUCAGCCCUCGGAGAAGGAAGCGGUUUCGGAAGUCAUGCCUCCUCCUAAGAAUCUUCUUCACUUCAUGCCCUUGCCAGGGCAGAAGUUAAAGAGUGUGGUGAUUGCUGAACCGCCGCCCGUGGACCAGCCGCUGAUCGAGGAAGAUAUCAUCCCCUCUCCACUGAAACCAUCUGCUGCUUUGGGGAUCGAAAUCCAGGAUAUCACCGAGGUGAUGGAGGCGAUUGAAGCCGAUUUUGUUCCUGGUUCGGAUGUCCCUAAGGUAGCUGGGGAGAAGGAGUCUGCUGAUCUUCCCUUUGAGAGAGAGAAGAGUCCAGACAAGGAGAUGAUAGAUCUCUCGGGCCCCGAAGCUGCGGUUCCCGAGGUUCAGAAGGAGGUUCCCUCUGCUGGAGAGGAGGAGCAGCCCGAGCAAGGUCUGACGAGGAAGAGGCGCCACUCAACUUUGGAAGGCUGGGCAACUCCUCUCCGAGCUUACGGAAGUCAAGCAGCUAUACCUUCAGUAUAG